CUAUUACUUUCAAUUUCGUAAUAAGGUUCUGAGGUAGAAGAAAACCGCCCAAACAUGAAGUAUUCCAUCUCUUGCUUUCUGCUAGUUCUCUUCAUUUUCAUGUUUCUAGAGCCCAGCGAUGCGAGAAAGGACAUGGGAGGCUACUGGAAUAGUGUGAUGAAUGACCAGCCCAUGCCAGAAGCCAUUAAAGACCUCUUCUCCCAUCAAGAAGAAGACGUGCCAUCUCUCUCUGCUUCAACAAACAAGGACAACCGUUUUGUUCGGGACUUCGAUAUCAGGCUUAAUGUCAUCAUCUACCACAGUGCCCAUCAUCACCAUGCAAAUCAUCAGCCUGAAGAAAUGACGCAUGAUAUAGAAUCCAAACCUUAUAUUCAAACUGUCAACCAUGGCUGAAGUACUAUCGAU